AUGUCCCGAGCAGUCUCAAAGUCUAGACCAUCUACUUCCAAUGCGAAUCAUGCCAAUAGAUACACGUACAAUAAAUUUGGCUCAAGAAAGGAAUCGGCUUCAACUCGAGAAACAGCGAUAGCUGGAAGCCUUGAAAGCUCCAGAAGUUCGAGAGAAAAUCAAAAUCAAAAUCAUAAUCAGAACUUGAAUCCGAAAAAGAUUCUGGCUUCGAGUGAAAUCGACUAUUGCAAUCAUUACAUCCAUACCAAACAGAAUGCGAUUUCUCAGAUCAGAAACAUCGCCAAUCCCACUGAGGGUUAUCCGAAACUAAGCAAGUUACAUCAGUUGAAACGAGCCCAGGUAGAGAAACAUGCUACUACCCCCUAUGGAGUACGUGUAGCUACAGACAAAAUUAUUCCUACUAUUAACAGUUGGAUCGACAACUAUGGAUUGAAAUUUGACGUUAUCAUGAUCGGGGCACUUGUAGAAAACCAGUUCAUAUUACCGCUAUUAAAUUCCAUUCCUAUCAGUAAACUUUGUGCUAAGCCAGGAUUCUUGUUCAUUUGGGCUACUACUCAGAAGAUUAUCGAACUUACUAGUCUCUUGAACAACGACAAUUUCAACAAGAAGUUCAGAAGAUCUGAAGAGUUGAUCUUCUUGCCUGUAGACAAGGACUCUCCGUAUUAUCCUGAUAACUCUGGAGACUCUGUUUCAUUGUUGGAGAAACAACAAUGGCACUGUUGGAUGUGUAUUACCGGUACAGUUAGAAGGUCUACCGAUAAUCAUCUCAUCCACUGCAACGUCGAUACAGAUCUACAAAUCGAGAGUGCUGGUAACAAAAAGAAAAGCUCUGUACCCGAGGCGAUGUACCGAGUAGCAGAAAACUUCUCGAACUCCAACAGAAGACUACACAUCAUUCCGUCUAAAACGGGCUAUGACUGUCCUAUAAAAAUAAGAAAAGGGUGGGUAAUUAUGGGUCCCGACGUCAUUCUCAACAACUUCGAUCCCAUGAACUACAGUAGAGAAUUGAAUGCGGCUUCUGUCGUACAAUAUAAUACGUAUGCUAAUGGAUCCAAUACUGGAGCUAAUGCUCAAUACUUGGUUCCACAGACUAACGAAAUUGAAGACUUGAGACCAAAGAGUCCAGUUUCCGGAGGUAAAAAGACGAAUUCUACAUGA